UCUGCGCGCCGAGCCGCCGGGCGCAGCUCCUCGCCGGGCCGCCUCCUGCGCUCCGGGGCGACCGCUCCGUCGCCAGCGCAAUGUGGCCGCGUCUGGCCUUUUGUUGCUGGGGUCUGGCGCUCGUUUCGGGCUGGACGACCUUUCAGCAGACGUCCCCGUCGCGCAAUUUCAGCUUCCGCCUCCUCUCCGAGGCCGCACCCGGGGCGCCGGGCCGACUGUCCUCCGCGCCGCCCGCGCCCGGCGAGGAGGAGGAGGCGGCGGAGAGCAAAGUGGAGCGGCUGGGCCAGGCGUUCCGGCGGCGCGUGCGGCGGCUGCGGGAGCUCAGCGAGCGUCUGGAGCUCGUUUUCCUGGUGGACGAGUCGUCCAGCGUGGGCCAAGCCAACUUCCGCAGCGAGCUCAAGUUCGUCCGUAAGCUGCUGUCCGACUUCCCCGUGGUGUCCACCGCCACGCGGGUGGCCAUCGUGACCUUCGCGUCCAAGAGCAACGUGGUGCCGCGCGUCGACUACAUCUCCUCGCGCCGUGCGCACCAGCACAAGUGCGCGCUGCUCAGCCGCGAGAUCCCGGCCAUCACCUACCGCGGCGGCGGCACCUACACCAAGGGCGCCUUCCAGCAAGCCGCGCAAAUCCUUCGCCAUGCUAGAGAAAACUCAACAAAAGUUAUCUUUCUCAUUACUGACGGAUAUUCCAAUGGAGGAGAUCCCAGGCCCAUUGCAGCAUCGUUGCGAGACUUGGGGGUGGAGAUCUUCACUUUUGGCAUAUGGCAAGGAAACAUUCGAGAACUGAAUGACAUGGCUUCCUCCCCAAAGGAGGAACAUUGCUACCUGCUCCACAGUUUUGAAGAAUUUGAGGCUUUAGCUCGCCGAGCAUUACAUGAAGAUCUACCUUCCGGGAGUUUUAUUCAAGAGGAUAUGUCGCACUGCUCAUAUCUCUGUGAAGCUGGCAAAGACUGCUGUGACCGAAUGGCAAGCUGUAAAUGUGGGACGCACACAGGUCAAUUCGAAUGCAUCUGUGAGAAGGGCUAUUAUGGGAAAGGUCUACAACACGAAUGCACAGCUUGCCCAUCAGGGACAUACAAGCCUGAAGGUUCUCCAGGAGGUAUCAGCACAUGCAUCCCCUGUCCUGAUGAAAACCACACCUCCCCACCCGGAAGCACGUCCCCCGAAGACUGCGUCUGCAGGGAGGGAUACCAGGCAUCUGGCCAGACAUGUGAAGUUGUCCACUGCCCUGCUCUGAAGCCUCCUGAAAAUGGUUACUUUAUCCAAAAUACUUGCAACAACCACUUCAAUGCAGCCUGUGGGGUCCGAUGUCACCCUGGAUUUGACCUCGUGGGAAGCAGCAUCCUCCUGUGUCUACCCAGUGGUUUGUGGUCCAGUUCAGAGAGCUCUUGCAGAGUGAGAACAUGCCCCCAUCUCCGCCAGCCCAAACAUGGCCGCAUAAGCUGUUCCACAAGGGACAUGUCCUAUAGGACAACUUGCUUGGUUACCUGUGACGAAGGGUACGGACUAGAAGGAAGUGCGAAACUUACCUGCCAAGGAAACGCCCAGUGGGAUGGAGGAGAACCCCAGUGUGUGGAACGUCAUUGCCCCAUCUUCCAGAAACCCAAAGGUGUCAUCGUAUCCCCGCCCACCUGUGGCAAGCAGCCAGCCAGACCAGGGAUGGUGUGUCAGCUAAGCUGCCGUAGAGGAUUCAUUUUAUCUGGCGUGCGAGAAGUGAGAUGUACCACUUCUGGAAAAUGGAGUGCUAGAGUUCAGACAGCUGUGUGUAAAGACAUGGAGCCUCCUCAGAUCAGCUGCCCUAAGGACAUAGAGGCUAAGGCUCAGGAACAGCAAGAUUCUGCUAACAUUACCUGGCAAAUCCCAACAGCUAAAGACAACUCAGGUGAAAAGGUGUCACUCCACGUUCAUCCACCUUUUACCCCGCCUUACCUUUUCCCAAUUGGAGAUGUGGCCAUCACAUACACAGCAACUGAUUCAUCCGGCAAUCAAGCCACCUGCACCUUCCACAUCAAGGUCAUUGAUGUAGAGCCACCUGUCAUAGACCGGUGCAGGUCCCCACCUCCAAUCCAGGUCUCAGAGAAGGAACAUCUUGCCAGCUGGGAUGAGCCUCAGUUCUCAGACAACUCAGGUGCCAUCUUGGUGAUCACAAAAAGUCACACACAAGGAGACCUUUUUCCUCAUGGGGAGACCAUCGUGAAGUAUACAGCCACAGACCCCUCGGGCAAUAACAGAACAUGUGACAUCCGCAUUGUCAUAAAAGGCUCUCCCUGUGAAGUUCCCUUCACACCUACAAAUGGGGAUUUUAUUUGUACCCAAGACAGUGCUGGAGUUAACUGUACAUUAAGUUGCCUGGAGGGCUAUGAUUUCACAGAAGGGUCUAUGGAGAAGUAUUAUUGUGCUUAUGAAGACGGUGUCUGGAAACCACCAUAUUCUACUGAAUGGCCAGACUGUGCUAUAAAACGUUUUGCAAACCAUGGGUUCAAGUCCUUUGAAAUGUUGUACAAAGCCACUCGCUGUGAUGACAUGGAUCUGUUGAAAAAGUUUUCUGAAGCAUUUGAAACUACUCUGGGGAAAAUGGUCCCAACAUUUUGUAGUGAUGAUGAGGACAUUGAUUGUAAGCUGGAGGACCUGACCAAAAAAUAUUGCCUGGAAUAUAAUUAUGACUAUGAAAAUGGCUUUGCAAUUGGACCAGGUGGCUGGGGCACAGCCAACAGGCUGGAUUAUUCCUAUGAUGAUUUCUUGGACGCUGUGCAAGAAACACCCACCGGUGUCAGCAAAGCCAGAUCUUCACGGAUUAAAAGAAACGUCCCAUUGUCUGACCACAAAAUUAAGUUAAUUUUUAAUAUCACAGCUAGUGUGCCAUUACCCGAUGAAAGAAAUGAUACCCUUGAAUUGGAAAAUCAACAGCGACUCAUUAAGACUUUGGAAACUAUUACAAAUCGACUGAAAAGGACCCUCAAUACAGAGCCAAUGUAUUCCUUCCAGCUCGCCUCUGAAAUGCUUGUAGCUGACAGCAAUUCUUUGGAGACAGAAAAGGCUUUUCUCUUUUGCAGACCAGGCUCUGUACUGAGAGGCCGCAUGUGUGUCAAUUGUCCCUUGGGAACCUAUUAUUCUCUGGAGCAUUCUGUUUGUGAAAGCUGUCGCCUGGGAUCUUAUCAAGAUGAGGAAGGGCAAUUGGAGUGCAAACUUUGUCCUGCUGGGACUCAUACGGAGUAUCUCCAUUCAAGAAGUAUCUCAGAAUGUAAAGCUCAGUGUAAACAAGGCACUUACUCAUCCAAUGGGCUUGAGACUUGUGAAUCGUGUCCACUGGGCACUUACCAGCCAGAAUUUGGUUCUCGGAACUGCCUUUUAUGUCCAGAAUCCACUUCAACUGUGAAGAGAGGAGCUGUGGACAUUUCUGCUUGUGGAGUACCUUGUCCAAUAGGAGAAUUCUCUCGUUCUGGGUUAAUGCCUUGUUACCCAUGUCCUCAAGACUAUUAUCAACCUAAUCCAGGGAAGUCUUUCUGCCUAUCUUGUCCUUUUUAUGGAACUACAACCAUCACUGGUGCCAGAUCUAUCACAGAUUGUUCAAGUUUUAGUUCAACUUUCUCAGCAGCAGAGGAAAGUAUAGUACCCCUCGCCUCACCUGGACAUAUCCAAACGAAGUAUGAAGUUAGCAGCCAGGUUUUCCAUGAAUGUUUCUUAAACCCUUGCCACAACAAUGGGACCUGCCAACAAAUCGGGCGUGGUUAUGUGUGCCUCUGUCCUCCUGGAUAUACAGGCUUAAAGUGUGAAACAGACAUGGAUGAGUGCAACUCGCUACCUUGCCUCAACAAUGGAAUUUGUAAAGACCAAGUAGGGAAAUUCGUUUGUGAGUGCCCAUUGGGUUAUACAGGUCAGCUAUGUGAAGAAAAUAUAAAUGAGUGUAGCUCCAGUCCUUGUUUAAAUAAAGGAACCUGUGUUGAUGGCGUGGCAGGUUAUCACUGCACCUGUAUGAAAGGAUAUAUUGGCCCGCACUGUGAAACAGAAGUCGAUGAAUGUCAAUCAAGCCCUUGCUUUAAUAAUGCAGCCUGUGAGGACCAAGUUGGAGGAUUCUUGUGCAAAUGUCCCCCUGGAUUUUUGGGUAUCCGGUGUGAGAUAAACAUCGAUGAGUGUCUCAGUCAGCCGUGCCAAAAUGGAGCCACUUGUAAGGAUGGCGCCAGUAGUUUCAGGUGCCACUGUGCAGCAGGCUUCACGGGGUCACACUGCGAAUCAAACAUCAAUGAAUGUCAGUCUAACCCAUGUAGAAAUCAGGCCACCUGCGUGGAUGAAUCAAACUCAUACAGCUGUAAAUGUCGGCCAGGAUUUUCAGGCAGCAGGUGUGAAACAGAACAGUCUACAGGUUUUAACCUAGAUUUUGAAGUUUCUGGCAUCUAUGGGUAUGUCAUGCUGGAUGGUGUCCUUCCAUCCCUCCAUGCUGUAACCUGUGCAUUCUGGAUGAAAUCCUCUGACACCUUCAACUAUGGCACACCCAUCUCCUAUGCACUUGAAGAUGACAGCGACAAUACUUUCCUCCUGACUGAUUAUAAUGGCUGGGUUCUUUAUGUGAAUGGCAAGGAAAGGAUAACAAACUGUCCCUCAGUGAAUGACGGCAGUUGGCACCAUAUUGCAAUCACUUGGACAAGUGCCGGUGGAGUCUGGAAAGUCUAUAUUGAUGGGAAAUUAUCUGACAGCGGCAGCGGUCUCUCUGUUGGGACAGCCAUCCCUGGUGGUGGUGCAUUAGUUCUUGGGCAAGAGCAAGACAAAAAAGGAGAGGGAUUCAACCCAGCUGAGUCUUUUGUGGGCUCCAUAAGCCAGCUCAACCUUUGGGACUAUGUCCUGUCUCCACAGCAGGUGAAAUCACUUGCUACAUCCUGCCCAGAAGAACUCAGUAGAGGAAAUGUGUUAGCAUGGCCUGAUUUCUUGUCAGGAAUUGUAGGGAAAGUGAAGGUUGAUUCCAAGAGCAUAUUCUGUUCUGAUUGCCCACCUUUAGACGGAUCGGUGCCUCAUCUUCGAACAGCAUCAACAGAUCUAAAGCCAGGCUCCAAAGUCAGUCUGUUCUGCGAUCCUGGCUUCCAGAUGGUCGGGAAUCCUGUACAGCACUGUCUCAACCAAGGACAGUGGACACAGCCACUCCCUCGCUGCGAACGUAUCAGCUGUGGGGUGCCCCCUCCCUUGGAGAAUGGCUUUUAUUCAGCUGAAGAUGUCCAUGCAGGCAGCACAGUGACCUACCAGUGUAACAACGGCUACUACUUGUUGGGUGACUCCAGAAUGUUCUGUACAGACAGUGGGAACUGGAAUGGCAUUUCCCCAUCCUGCCUGGAUGUUGAUGAAUGUGCAGUUGGGUCGGACUGUAGCGAGCAUGCUUCUUGCCUGAAUACAAAUGGAUCCUACAUAUGCUCCUGUAUCCCACCAUACACAGGAGAUGGCAAAAAAUGUGCAGAACCCAUAAAAUGUAAGGUCCCAGAAAAUCCAGAAAAUGGCUACUCUUCUGGUGAGAUAUAUACAGUGGGGGCUGAAGUUACGUUUUCCUGUGAGGAAGGAUACCGACUGAGGGGAGUAACCAAAAUCACCUGCUUGAUGUCUGGAGAGUGGAAUCACCCAAGACCAAAUUGUGAAGCUAUUUCCUGUGGUGAACCAGCUAUUCCAGAAAAUGGUGGCAUUGAUGGAUCAGAAUUUACUUAUGGCAGUAAAGUGACAUACAGGUGUAAUAAGGGCUAUACUUUGGCUGGUGAUAAAGAAACAUCUUGUCUUGCUAGUGGUUCUUGGAGUCAUUCUAACCCUGCGUGUGAACUGGUGAAGUGUUCGAACCCUGAAAGCAUAAAUAAUGGAAAAUACGUUUUGAGUGGGCUCACCUACCUGUCUACUGCAUUAUAUUCAUGUGAGAGUGGAUACAGCUUACAGGGCCCUUCCUUCCUUGAAUGCACAGCUUCCGGCAGCUGGGACAGAGCACCACCGGCCUGUCUCCUUGUCUCCUGUGGAGAGCCACCUACCAUCAAAGAUGCUGUCAUAACUGGGAGUAACUUCACUUUUGGGAACACUGUCACCUACACAUGCAAAGAAGGCUAUACCCUUGCUGGUCUGGACACCAUUGAAUGCCUGGCCAGUGGCAAGUGGAGUGGAAGUAACCAGCAAUGUCUGGCCGUCUCAUGUGAUGAACCCCCCAACGUGGACCACGCCUCUCCAGAGACCGCCCAUCGGCUCUUUGGAGACAUCGCAAUCUACUACUGCUCAGAUGGCUAUAGCCUGGCGGACAAUUCCCAACUGCUCUGCAAUGCCCAGGGCAAGUGGGUUCCCCCAGAGGGUCAGGCCAUGCCUCGUUGUAUAGCUCAUUUCUGUGAAAAACCCCCGUCUGUUUCCUAUAGCAUCUUGGAAUCUGUGAGCAAAGCAAAAUUUGCAGCUGGCUCAGUCGUGAGUUUUAAGUGCAUGGAAGGUUUUGUGCUGAACACCUCAGCAAAGAUCGAAUGUGUGAAGGGUGGGCAGUGGAACCCUUCCCCGCUGUCCAUCCAGUGUGUUCCUGUGCGGUGCGGAGAGCCGCCGAGCAUCCUGAAUGGCUAUGCGAGCGGAUCAAACUACAGUUUCGGGGCCAUGGUGGCUUAUAGCUGCCACAAGGGCUUCUUCAUCAAAGGGGAGAAGAAGACCACCUGCGAAGCCACGGGACACUGGAGCAGCCCCACACCCACGUGCCACCCUGUAUCUUGCAGCGAACCACCCAAGGUUGAGAAUGGCUUUCUGGAGCACACAACUGGCAGGACAUUUGAGAGCGAAGUGAGGUAUCAGUGUAACCCAGGCUACAAGCCAGUCGGAAGUCCUGUGUUUGUCUGCCAAGCCAAUCGCCACUGGCAGAGUGAAUCUCCUCUGUCUUGCAUCCCUCUCAGCUGUGGAAAACCUCCCCCAAUCCAGCAUGGCUUCACAAGAGGAGAAACCUUUGAAGUAGGAUCCAAGGUUCAGUUUUUCUGUAACGAAGGCUAUGAACUUAUUGGUGAUCAUUUCUGGACAUGCCAGAAAUCUGGCAAAUGGAAUAAGAAGCUAAACCCGAAGUGUGUGCUUGCCAAGUGCCCAGACCCACCCCUCUUGGAAAAUCAGCUCGUACUGAAGGAGUUAACUUCUGAGAUAGGAGUGGUGACACUUUCCUGUAGAGAAGGGCAUAUCCUGCAAGGCCCUUCUGUUGUGAAAUGCUUGCCAUCCCAGCAGUGGAAUGAUUCUUUUCCUGUAUGUAAGAUGGUUCUUUGCCCCCCACCUUCCCUCAUUCCCUUUGGUGCCCCUGCUCCUUCUUCUGCUCUUCACUUUGGAAGUACUGUCAUGUAUUCUUGUGUAGAGGGGUUUUUCCUAAGAGGAAAUCCUGCCACUACUUGCCAAGCUGAUGGCGCCUGGAGCUCUCCACUGCCAGAAUGUGUUCCAGUAGAAUGUCCCCAACCCGAGGACAUCCUCAAUGGCAUGGUCGAUGUACAAGGGCUGGCUUAUCUCAGCACAGCUCUCUAUACUUGUAAGCCCGGCUUUGAGUUGGUUGGAAAUACUACUACCCUGUGUGGAGAAAAUGGUCACUGGCUCGGAGGAAAACCAAUAUGCAAACCCAUUGAGUGCCCAAAGCCCAAGGAGAUUUUGAAUGGCAAAUUCUCUUACACAGAUCUUCACUACGGAAAGACUGUUACAUAUUCUUGUGACCGAGGCUUCCGGCUUGAAGGCCCCAACACCUUGACCUGUUUAGAGACAGGUGACUGGGAUGUGGAUGCCCCAUCUUGCAAUGCCAUCCACUGUAAUCCCCCACAGCCCAUUGAAAAUGGUUUUGUAGAGGGUGCAGAUUACAGCUAUGGUGCUGUAAUCAUCUACAGUUGCUUCCCUGGGUUUCAAGUGGCUGGUCACGCCAUGCAGACCUGUGAAGAGUCAGGAUGGUCAAGCGCCAUCCCAGCAUGUGUACCCAUAGACUGUGGUCUCCCUCCUCACAUAGAUUUUGGUGAUUGUACUAAAGUCAAAGAUGGCCAGGAAUAUUUUGACCAAGAAGUCGACAUGAUGGAAGUUCCGUACCUGACUUCUCACCCUGCUCAUCCUCUGGGAGCAGUAGCUAAAACCUUAGAAAAUACAAAGGAGUCUCCCACUACGCAUUCUUCAAAUUUCCUAUAUGGCACUAUGGUUUUAUACACCUGUAAUCCAGGACAUGAACUUUUGGGGAACCCUAUGCUGAUCUGCCAGGAAGAUGGAACUUGGAAUGGCAGCGCCCCUUCCUGUAUUUCAGUUGAAUGUGACUUGCCUGUUGCCCCUGAAAAUGGCUUUUUGCACUUUGCAGAGACUACCAUGGGCAGUGCUGCGCAGUACAGCUGCAAACCUGGGCACAUUCUAGUGGGACCUGACAUACGACUUUGUCUACAGAAUAGGAAGUGGAGUGGUGCUUCCCCACGCUGUGAAGCCAUUUUGUGUAAAAAGCCAGAUCCAGUUAUAAAUGGAUUCAUCCAAGGGAGCAGUUACACAUACCUGAGUGUGGUGCACUAUGGGUGUGACCCUGGGUAUGUGCUGAAUGGCACCGAGAGGAGAACAUGCCAGGAAAAUAAAAACUGGGAUGGGCAUGAUCCAGUUUGCAUUCCUGUUGACUGUGGCUCACCCCCAGUCCCAGCCAAUGGCCAGGUGGAAGGAGAGAAGUACACAUUCCAAGAAGACGUUGAGUACACUUGCACUGAAGGGUUCGUACUUGAGGGAGCCAGAAGUCGUGUCUGUCUUGACAAUGGAAGUUGGAGCGGAGUCACUCCCAGUUGUGUACCUGUCAAAUGUGCCCCACCAUCACAGAUAGAAAAUGGGAGGAUGGAUGGAUUGGACUACAGCUUCAAGAAGGAAGUGGUGUUCCGCUGUCAUGAGGGCUAUGUGUUACACGGUUCUUCAAAAAUCACCUGUCAGUCAGAUGGGAACUGGGAUGAAGAGGUGCCUCUCUGUAAACCAGUGAACUGUGGACCUCCUGAAGAUCUUACCCAUGGGUUCCCUAAUGGUUUUUCUUUUUAUCAUGGAAGAGAUAUACAGUAUCAGUGCUUUCCUGGUUAUAAGCUCCAUGGAAAUCCUUCAAGAAGAUGUCUCUCCAAUGGCUCCUGGAGUGGCAGUCCACCCUCCUGCCUAUCUUGUAGGUGUUCCACUCCAGAAAUUCCAUAUGGAGCUAUCAGUGGGUCUGAUUUUGAUUGUGGAAAGACAGUCAAGAUUCAGUGCCUCAAGGGCUUCCAUCUGCUGGGGUUUUCUGAAAUCACCUGUGAAGCCAAUGGCCAGUGGAGCUCCAGCUUUCCACACUGUGAACACAGUUCAUGCGGCGCUCUCCCCGCAAUACCGAAUGCGAUCAUCAGUGAGAGCAGACCUUUGCAGGAAAAUGUAAUAACCUACAGCUGCAGAUCAGGCUAUGUUAUGCAAGGCAGCCCGGAUCUGAUUUGUACAGAGAAAGGGACAUGGAGUCAACCUUAUCCAGUCUGCGAGCCCCUGUCCUGUGGACCCCCACCAUUUGUUGCCAAUGCAAUGACAACUGGAGAGGAGCACACCUAUGAAAGCAAAGUGAAGCUCAGAUGCUUGGAGGGCUACAUGAUGGAUACAGAUACAGAUACAUUUACCUGCCAGAAAGAUGGUCAUUGGUUCCCUGAGAUGAUCUCUUGCAGCUCUAAAAAUUGUUCUCUGCCAUCAAACUUAACACAUAUACUUGUUCAUGGAGAUGAUUUCAGUGUGAAUAAGCAAGUUUUUCUGUCGUGUGCAGAAGGGUAUACCUACAAGGGAGUUAACAUAUCAACGUGUCAGCUUGAUGGUACCUGGGAGCCACCAUUUUCUGAUGAAUCUUGCAGUCCAGUUUCUUGUGGGAAACCUGAAAGUCCAAAACAUGGAUUUGUGGUUGGCAACAAAUACAGCUUCGGAAGCACAAUUAUUUAUCAGUGUGAACCUGGCUAUGAAUUAGAGGGGAACAGAGAGUGUGUCUGUCAAGAGGACGGACGGUGGAGUGGAGGGGUAGCAACAUGUAGAAAGACCAGGUGCAGAGCUCCUUCUGGGUUUCUGAAUGGGGAGGUCGACGUGGAAAACACCACCACGGGACUCAGCGUCACCUACACCUGCCACCGAGGCUACAGCCUUGAAGGCCUCCCCACGGCAUGGUGCACUGACAACGGCACGUGGAGCCACCCAGUUCCUCUCUGCAAACCCAAUCCAUGCCCUGUCCCUUUUGUGAUUCCGGAGAAUGCUCUGCUCUCUGAAAAGGAGUUUUAUGUUGAUCAGAAUGUGUCUAUCAGGUGUAGAGAAGGGUUCCUACUCAAGGGCCCAGGUGUCAUUACCUGCAGCCCUGAUGAGACGUGGACACAGACCAGCACCAAAUGUGAAAAAAUCUCCUGUGGCCCACCAACUCAUGUAGAAAAUGCAAUUGCUCGAGGUAUAUAUUACCAGUAUGGGGACAUGAUCACCUACUCCUGUUAUAGUGGGUACAUGCUGGAGGGUUCCCUACGGAGUGUUUGCCUAGAAAAUGGAACAUGGACAUCACCUCCUAUCUGCAGAGCUGUCUGUCGAUUCCCAUGUCAAAAUGGAGGUGUCUGCCAGCGCCCCAAUGCUUGUUCCUGCCCAGAUGGCUGGAUGGGCCGUCUCUGUGAAGAGCCAAUAUGCAUUCUCCCCUGUCUGAAUGGUGGUCGUUGUGUGGCUCCUUACCAGUGUGACUGCCCACCUGGAUGGACUGGGACCCGCUGUCAUACAGCUACUUGCCAGGUUCCGUGUUUAAAUGGUGGAAAAUGUGUGAGACCAAAUCGAUGCCAUUGUCUCUCAGCUUGGACAGGACAUGAUUGUUCCAGGAAAAGAAGGACUGGGUUUUAAAUACCACAAACCGAACCAGAUGUCUAUGCAAGAUCAUCUCUUCCUGGUAGCACCUCAACUUCCUGCAACUUAACCACGAAGAAAAUCCAACAUGGUGCUGAGGCUUGUUUUGUUCAGUCAACUUGUUAUUUGAAGUUUAUUUUUUAUUUUGUGACAUAUUUUAUUACUCCUUUGACAUCCUUUCUUACAUGUUUCCAUUUUUAAAUAUUCCUGUAUUUUCUAUAUAAAAAUUAUAUUAAAUAGAUGCUGCUCCACCCUCAUGAAAUGUACAUACUCUGCUGUCUAUUGGGAAAGUUCCUGGAACACGUUUUUAUUCAGUUACUUAAAAUAAUUUUUCCAUUAAAAUAUAUUUUGCUACUAAAUAGCA